UGGCUCGCUGCGGAUGGGCUCCCCAGCAAAGGGCACAGCUCCCAGCUGGUGUUGGGAUUGGGGCCUCGCGGCAAAGUGGGGGAGGGGGGAGCGUGGGCGUGUGUUGGUGACUAUGGCUCGGAGGUACUGAGUUUCCUGAGGAGAGGAGUGGGCCCGGCGGGGCGCGGGGUGGAGCCUGCGGGCGGGACCAGAGGCGCAUACUUAAGCCGCUUGACGCACUCCUACGUCCAGCCAUGGCUUUGCGGCGCAUGGUACAUCUGCUGCGUUCCAGCGCCCCCAACUCGCCUCUGCCAUUCACUGUGCGGCUGACCGGCGCGUCGGGCCCAGCGCUUGCCCGAGGCGUGGCGGAGGCCGCGAGACCGCCGCUGCCCGCGGUGGACUUCGGCAACGCGCAGGAAGCGUACCGCAGCCGGCGCAGCUGGGAGUUGGUGCGCAGCCUGCUGGUGCUGCGCCUGUGCGCCUCACCCUGGCUGCUGGCGCACCACGAGCAGCUGCUCCACAUUGCCAGGAGACUUCUGGGACAAAGUCUGUUUGACAAACUGAUGAAGAUGACCUUCUACGGGCAGUUUGUGGCUGGCGAGGACCAGGAAUCCAUCCGGCCCCUGAUUCAGCUCAACAGGGCCUUUGGCGUGGGCUCUAUCCUAGACUACGGGGUGGAGAUGGACCUGAGUUCUGAGAUGGAAUCUUGUGCCUCCGUCUUGGAGCGAGAAGGCAAUGGCACAGGUAAUAGAGAGAAGCACCAUCGGCCCUCUGGAGACUGUGGAGAUGGUGUCAUGAGUGCUGGCACAUAUUUGUACACCAAUGAAGCCAAGUGUGAUCACCACAUGGAGAUCUUCAUGCGCUGCAUCGAAGCUUCAGGCAGAGCUAGCAACGAUGGCUUCUCAGCCAUUAAGCUCACUGCAUUGGGGCGACCUCAGUUUCUGCUGCAGUUUUCAGAGAUGCUGACCAAGUGGAGGCGGUUCUUUCACCAACUGGCUGCAGAACAAGGGAAAGCUGGACUGGCGGCUCAUGAUAUGAGGUUGGAGGUGGCAGCACUGCAGGUGGGGCUGUCCUUCCCCAUGGAUGAAAGCAUGGUGAAGAUGGGUGUCACAUCCAGGGCAGAGAUUGAAAAUUGGUUCAAGGUGGAGACCCUAGGUGUGUCUGGCACCCUGGACCUUUUGGACUGGAACAGUUUCAUUGACAUCAGAAAUGAGUUUUCCAAGCACCUAAUGGUCCCCAACAUGCAGACAGGACAGCUGGAGCUCUUGCUGUCGAAGUUCACAGAGGAGGAAGAGCGGCAGAUGAUGCGGGUGCUACAGAGGAUGGAUACUCUGGCCAAGAAGGCCUCUGAGACAGGUGUGCGGCUGAUGGUAGAUGCUGAGCAGACCUAUUUCCAGCCCGCCAUCAGCCACCUGACGCUGGAAAUGCAGCGCAAGUUCAAUGUGGAGAAGCCACUCAUCUUCAAUACGUACCAGUGCUACCUUAAGGAUGCCUAUGACAAUGUCACUGUGGACUUGGAGCUGGCUUGCCGUGAGGGCUGGUGUUUUGGGGCCAAGCUAGUGCGGGGUGCAUAUAUGGCCCAGGAACGUGCCCGCGCCACAGAGAUUGGCUAUGAGGACCCCAUCAAUCCCACAUAUGAGGCCACCAACACCAUGUACCACAGGUGCCUCAACUAUGUCCUGGAGGAGGUGAAGCAAAACGCCAAAGCUGAAGUGAUGGUAGCCUCCCACAAUGAGGACACAGUGCGCUUCACACUGCGCAGGAUGGAGGAGCUGGGCCUGCACCCCGCUGACCGCAAGGUGUACUUUGGACAGCUGCUGGGCAUGUGUGAUCAGAUCAGCUUUCCACUGGGACAGGCGGGCUUCCCUGUAUACAAGUAUGUGCCCUAUGGCCCAGUGAUGGAGGUGCUGCCUUACCUGUCUCGCCGUGCCUUGGAGAACAGUGGAGUCAUGAACAGGGCCUGGCAGGAGCGCCAGCUACUGUGGAAAGAGCUCAAGCGGAGGCUCUGCACAGGCAGUCUCUUCUACCAUCCAGUCUAGUGCUUUCAGGCUAUUGACACCACCUACUACGAGGCUUGGCCUGCAGAUACCCCUUUGCCUAGGCUGCAGCCUCCUAGACUGAGGCCUGAAAUUGGGGGUUCUAGGGAGCCCCUAGGCAAAGCCACAGCUACAGCUUACUUCAAUUUCAGACUCAUUUUUUAUAUCUGAAACUGUGAGACACACUGGAAAUAGGGCUGGCUACCCUUGGUGCUCUGCCUCACUUCCCUAAUCCUUUUCACAAUGUGGUAGUCAGGUCAGGGCUGAAACUUGCCAGAAUGAGCUGCUGUUAACUGUAAGGCCAUCUUGAAUGGCCAUCUUCCUGAACUCCACUGUGUCCUUGGACUUGAAGGACUGCCUUCCACCAGGGUCUGACACAUGUAUCUCAAGCACCAGGGUGGGCAGUGGGGAAGCAGGCUGGUCAAUAAACCACUUUUUGC